AUGCGAGAUCUCAUCCCCAGUGCUGUGCGUACGGCUAGAGAGCACUCGUUUAUCCUCAUGCCCACCUUUGCACGGGUGAAGGUAUCGCUGUAUAGGCCACACUACCAGCCGACGUUUAGUAAGAAGUACAAGCAUGUGCGGGACGAGAAGGCACCACAUGUCGACAUCCAGUUGAA